UCUCCGUCCACCCUCGCGCAUCGGCCAUGGGAGAUCCCAGGCCGAGGAGAAGCCCAGCAGCCCCCACUCUCGCCGACAAGCUGCGGAAGCACUCCACGUGGCUCCUCCUCCUGCUCUGGUUCGCCGUCUCCCUCGCCCUCUUCCUCUCCGCCACGCCGCCCGCAGCUGCUCCGCUCCGCCGCUCCUCCUUCCUCCGCUCCAAGCCCCGCGCCCUCGCCGCCACCGGCGCAGCCGCGGCGCCCCCCGUCCGCAUCUACGUCUACGACCUCCCCGCCCGCUUCAACCGCGACUGGGCGGUCGCCGACGCGCGGUGCGCGCGCCACCUCUUCGCGGCCGAGGUAGCGGUGCAUGAAGCGCUGCUCGCCUACACCGGCCGCGCCGCGCGGCCCGAGGACGCCGACCUCUUCUUCGUCCCCGUCUACGUCUCCUGCAACUUCUCCACGCCCAACGGCUUCCCCUCGCUGUCGCACGCCCGGGGCAUGCUCGCCGACGCCGUCGACCUCGUCCAGGCCGGGAUGCCGUAUUGGAAUCGCUCCGCCGGGGCCGACCACGUCUUCGUCGCCUCCCACGACUUCGGCGCCUGCUUCCAUCCCAUGGAGGAUGUAGCCAUCGCCGAUGGUAUACCGGAGUUCCUGAAGAGGUCCAUCCUGCUACAGACAUUUGGUGUACAGGGCCAUCACACAUGUCAGGAGGUGGAGCAUGUCGUGAUCCCACCUCAUGUGCCGCCGGAGGUGGAGCAUGAACUACCAGAGCCAGAGAAGGCUCAAAGAGACAUAUUUGCCUUCUUUCGAGGCAAAAUGGAGGUGCACCCCAAGAAUAUUAGUGGCCGCUUCUACAGCAAGAAGGUGAGGACUGAGCUUCUACAACAUUAUGGUCGCAACCGCAAGUUCUACCUUAAGAGAAAGCGGUUCGACAACUACCGAUCAGAGAUGGCUCGGUCAUUGUUCUGUCUAUGUCCGCUGGGAUGGGCGCCUUGGAGUCCUCGGCUCGUGGAGUCAGUCCUCCUAGGCUGCAUUCCUGUUAUAAUUGCUGAUAACAUACGUAUGCCGUUCCCUUCAGUCCUCCAGUGGCCGGAGAUCUCAUUGCAGGUGGCUGAGAAGGACGUAGCCAACCUUGAGGUGGUGCUUGACCAUGUUGUGGCAACCAAUUUGAGUGUGAUACAGAAGAAUCUGUGGGAUCCAGUGAAGCGAAAGGCUCUGGUUUUCAACCGUCCCAUGGAAGUGGGAGAUGCUACAUGGCAAGUGUUGAGGGAGCUUGAGGUUUUGCUGGACCAGUCUCAAAGGAGGAGAUACGGUGGAUCCUGGAGGGCGUGAGAAACCAGAAAAGAUCAGUUUUGUAUAAUCUGUUGCAGCUGUGCAGUUGACAUUGAGUCUGAGGCUUGAGCCUGAGAUCCACCGGAAACUCAGGUUAUUGUUCUCAUGCCAGAGAUCCCAAUCUCAGUUAGUCAAUGGGAAUAUGGGAUGCUAGCUCAACCUUUAUUGGCUUGUUGCCCGGUUAGUGCCUAACUAGAGAUCCCGCUCUUGUACGUAUAGAGAAAUUUUAUUUGUUCUUUGGAGAACUGGUGGGAUGAGUUUGAUUUUCUAGCCAUAGAAAGAAAUGUAUUACAGGCUGCAGCAUAUUAGUGUAUAUUUCUUUUUCCUGGUUGCACACUUGUAUAGUUAUUUAUAUGUCCGAACCUUGGACUUAAAUAGGAGGAAUGCUUAGAAAAGAGUUAUUUAUAUGUCCGAACUUUG